CAACGGCUCACGUUAGAAUUCCCCGGCCCGAACAUUAUCAGCUCGCUCUGCUCUAUAACCGUUGAAGUAGGUUUUCUUAUCCUCGACAAGCAGAGCAUCCACGAAAAAACUCUAGCUUUCGCCCAUGGAAAUCCUUACGUCUCCUUCUCCUCUUUUCCCCUUCCUCAAAUCCCCCUCCAAUUCACCAACGCACUCAACCCUAAAAGUUUCUAGGGUUUCCAUAAAGUCACCUCCUCCGGAAUUCGACUACAGGUCUGAGAUCGGCGACAACACUCGUUCCGCUGUCGCUGCGAUGCAUCCAGAGCUGCUGGAUCUGGUCGAGAAGGGGAGAUUGGUCCUGAUCGAGAAGCGACGGUUCGGCCCCGUCCCUAGCUGGAGGAAUGCGUUUGUCGAGCCUGAGGCAAUCUGGUUGGUCGGGACUUCCCACAUAUCGGAAGAAUCUGCUGCCGAUGUCGAGCGUGUCGUGAGGGCGGUGAGGCCAGAGAGCGUUGUUGUGGAGCUUUGCCGAAGCAGAGCUGGGAUAAUGUAUGUUUCUGAUGAUGAUGAGCGCCUCCCGCUUUUGAGGUCAAAUAUGUUCUCUUUGAGUGGGGCAAGGUUCUGGGGGGCAAUCGGUCGCAGCAUAAAUUUGGGGGGCCAAACUGCUCUUGCUUUACGGUUGCUUCUGGCAGUUUUUUCUUCAAAAAUCUCUUCCAAUUCCAACCGGCCUUUUGGAGAUGAGUUUCGUGCUGCUCGGAGAUCAUCUGAAGAGAUUGGAGCUCAAAUAGUAUUGGGGGAUCGGCCAAUUGAAAUAACUGUAUACAUUUUUAUUCAUGUGCUAGGAAGGGCUUGGAGCUCUCUCAAAUGGAGUGAGAAACUAAGUUUGGUUCUCUCAAUUCUUCGAGGCAUAAGUUCUCCAUCAUUAGAUGCCUCUGGGAGCAAUUUGAAGGACCAGGAAAUGGAGGGAAGCCCAUUUCAGUUGUACGAGUUGCUAAGCUUUUCAUAUCCCUCACUGCUGCAGCCUCUUGUACAUGAGCGCGACACGUACCUUGCAUGGUCUCUGAAGAGGAGCAAAGCUGUAAAUAAAAGCAAGAGCGUGGUUGGGGUCAUCGGAAGAGGCCACAUGAAUGGAGUCAUAUAUGCAUUAGUGUCAGAUCAAGGAGACUUGCGCUUUCGCGAUCUUGUUGGUCAGAGGCCAUUUGGUGAUGGUUCUAAUGGCUGGAUCAAGACCAUUCUCAAAAGUUUAAUUCGAGACACUGUGAUAGGCAUCAUCGCUUGGGUACUCUUUGAACAGCUCAAGACUGCACUAUUAUAGCAUGACUGACAAGAUUUCAGUUCUUGAUUUUGCAAGCAUCACUGGAUAUUUGAUGAUUUGAGUGGAAAAUGGAAUCAAAUGUGUUUCAAACUUGUUCCAGAGACCAUUGUUUGGACAGUUAAGUUCAUCUGGCCAAAUUAAUUCUGUAGAUAAUAUGGGAGAUCCAUUUCUUGGCUA